AUGAACCUCAUGCCACAUUCUGUCGCAAUAUCCCUAGGAUACGACAAGUUCAAACCUACCAAAAUAACUUUGGUUCUUGCUGAUAGAUCCGUUAGAUUACCUGAGGGAGUGCUUGACAACGUGCCAAUAAGGAUUCACGGCUGUCAAGUCCCAACGGAUUUCGUAGUACUGAAAUACCAGAAUGAACCAAAGGACCCCCUUAUUUUGGGUAGACCAUUCCUAGCCACUGCUGGUGCGAUAAUCGAUGUCAAGGAGGGCAAGAUAUGUCUAAACAUUGGAAACAUUCCAAUGAUUUUUGACAUGGACAACCUGAUGAGAUGA